AUGGCGACAUCCAAGAGGUACCAGUGCGAGUUUCACCGCGGCCGCGGCGGCAGCCACCUCCUCCUCGUCGCCUACCUCCUGGCCGCCGCCGCAGCCACGGCUGUCCUCCUCGCGCUCGCGCUCUUCAUCGUCUACCGCCCGAUCAAGCCGCAGGCCAGCGUGGCGCGCGCCGCCGUGUACCGCCUCUCGAUCUCAAGCGGCACAGUCGCCGGCGGCAGCAAUAACAACGGCAGCGCGGCGCCGCUGCUGCCCAACGCGGUCUGCGCGAGCCUGCAGUUCACGCUGCUGCUGCACAACCCCAGCGACCGCGCCGCCGUGCUCUACGACGGGCUGGUCGCCUUCGCGUCGUACCGCGGGGAGGCGGUGACCCCGCCCGCGCGGCUCCCGCCGGUGGUCCAGGAGCGCGGCGCAGACGUGGCGCUGUCUCCGGUACUUGGUGGUGACGCCCUCAUGCCGGUGUCGGCGGACGCGGUGCGCGCCCUGGCCGCGGACGGCGCGGCGAGGCGCGUGCGGCUCCGUCUCGUCGUCGUGGGACGGGUCAGGUACAGGGCUGGCCCGUUCAGGAGCGGGUGGCGCGACCUGUACGUGCGGUGCGACACCGUCGUCGGGUUAGGUGCGGAGGCAGCUGCGGGCGGUGGCGCCGCCGGGGACGUGCCGCUGCUCGAGUACCCCCGGUGCGCCGUGGAUGCUUGA